UAAUAUGAAGCUCAAGGAUGAAAUACGCGUAGUGGUGGAGCACCGGAUUACCUCUCUUUGUGCCUUUGCUAGUGUCUCAUUAUACGCAAAUAUACUCUGAAUUGUGAAGCUAAUGGAGGAUAGUCCAGAAGAUAAGCUCCUCUUUAUACUGAUCAAUAUUAUUCCCUUUGAAAUAUUCAUCUUUAUCGAAGGUAAUAUAUUUUUCUCUAAAUUAAUACAUGAGGAAAAUCUCAAACAAUUUACACAAGGAAGCUUUUUGCUGAAAAUAUGAAUUGUCUGGGUCGCGUUCUUUUGAGUCUUCCUCCCGCCCUUAUCUCUAUGAUUCCUCUGAUGAUAUCACGAUAUUAGCACCAUUCCUCAGAAGGUUACUAAUAGAGUCCUGAAGCCCAUAAUGGCAAUCUUAGCGUUUAUUUGUAUGAUAACCACAGUGAUCGUAACUGGCAUGUUCAUGGAAGUGGGACAUUUAGAACGACUGGAUCGUGUAUUCUAUUUCUUCUAUGUUCUUUGUUGGAUUUAUGUAAUAUUUUUCAUUAUUACGAGACAUAAAAAUAUUGAAAAAUAUGUGAACUAUGUCAUGUUGUCUACCUUACUUGUUUUGGUAGUAUAUUUCAUAAUCAAGUUCUCAUGAGUUGCUGUCUUCAACAAAUUUUGGGAAAAUUAUGCGGAGAAGAACAAGAAAAUUGACAUGGCCAAGGAAAGAAUGAAGUAUAGGAAUGUUAAACGGAAUAUUACCCUGGUUUCUGAAGACAAAAAUGGAAGAAAUUCUAUUGAUUUGUUGGGAAAUGGAGAUUUACCCCUUGAGAAUAUGAUAUCAGGUAAUACAGAGGAGAGGAAGUUUGUACCAAUGAUAAGCACAGAUGAUUAUGAAUACCUUAAGUAUAAGAGGUCACCGUCAUCGAUACAUAAGAUACUGGGAUCUAUUACUACGCCUGGCUCUCAGAGUGCCAAAUCAGUCCCAUAAUAUUUUCAAUCAAUC